AUGUGCUACCCCAACCAACUCCCCAUCUGACAAUGUCUUCCACUCGGAUCGCCCCGCCGAAGCCAACCUUCGGUCCAAAAAAAAAGGGCAAUGCCCCACCUUCGAUUCACCUCCCACUUAUCAUACACCUCUCAUGUUAUUUCACAAAGUCGAACUAGAGUUAAGCUCAAAAGGGGCUUCUUUCCUCGUUGAUUCUGCCAAGUCCAUUCCCUUGGUUGUGGCUUCGCUGGAUA